AUAAAUACCAAUUUGGUGACAGGGAGGGAGUGUAGCGUUGCCCCCCAAAAUAAAUAUGCGCAGGAGAUGAUCGGACCGGGCUUCAAGCCGAGUAGGACUCUUUACGUUGUUACGGCCCAGCCGUUAACCAGAAUAUCCUCGUCACAGUAUCUCCUGCAUCGCCGCGUACGAAGCGACCAAGCUCAGAGCGAGAGAGAGAGAGAUAGAGAGAGAGAUGGGAGGAGAAGAAACCCUAGGACAUCGAGGCUCGCUUGCAGCUCCUCUGAUCUUCAUGAUUGUUAUCGGCUUCCAGUUCCUCUCCAGAUGGCUUGAGCACUUUAAAAAAAAUAGAGGAUCCAAGAGUGCUGUCUCAAUCCAGUUGCGUGGAGAGAUAAAGCAACUCUUGAAAGAGGCGAGCUCCUUGUCACAGCCAUCCACAUUUGCACAAGCUGCAAAACUAAGGAGGUUAGCAGCUGCCAAGGAGAAGGAACUUGCAAAUUAUCAAGAAUCAAAGAGCAAGGAAAUGAAAGUGUCUUAUGAUUUGUAUCUGAAAGUUCUGUUUCUUUCUAAGGUUUUUACCUAUUUUGUGCUCGUUUGUUGGUUUUGGAGGGUUCCUGUUGCAACCAUUUCUGAGCAACUCGUGCAACCCUUCGGGAGGGUGUUAUCUUGGAGGGCUGGAGGUACCUUAAACAACAAUGUUAUGGUUGGGAUAAUACCUUGGUUAAUAUUGUCUACCAGGGUUAGCAAAUUUGUUUGUCGACUCUUCAACUAGAAAAAGUAUAGUGGUGAUUAGUAUCUUGUCAUCAGAAUUAGUGCCUUUUUUUCCUGAAUUUCAAGGAAGAAAACGCCUGCACUGCCAUUGCUAGUAACAAGGUACAUUGUUUUAUUGAUAUUUAUUUGGAAUGGAUGUAAAUCCAUGUUAUAGAGUAGUGAAAAGUAAAAUUAGCAUCUUGUUAAAUACAUUUCAUAUCUUGGUAAAUGAAAUUCAAAGCAGUGCUGCCUGUCUAUUGCAAAUUAUAUUCUAGAAAGAAUGGCAUUGCUACUCUAUAACAUAUAUAAUUUCAUACAUAAGACAUUGUGGCAUCCCAUAAUUUUUGUUUUGUUUACACACACAUAUAUAUUACACAUACACACGCACACAUGCGACAAUCAAUCUUUCUAUAAGUAAUCAUUCUGAAGAAUGAUGGCUUUGUUACUUAUCAAAAAAAGAAUGAUGGCUUUGUUUUUACUUUUAUUUUUUUGAAAGAAAGUAAUGAUAGUUUUAUUUUAAGUUGGGUAUGCUGCUUGAUAGGUUGUAAGUGUGAGAUUGAGAUUAGAGCUAGCCUUCUUUGGUUUUAUGCCGAUAACUUGAUGAAAAUGCAACAUUAGUAGAGUCUGUUAGAAAUAUUGUAUGUACGCAUGAGAUUGUGGAUCCUGCAAUUUUG